AUGCACCAACACCCACGGCCCUCGACCAGGGCCGCUGUUCCCGCCACAGCAAUCCAUCCCAACUCGUCGAGGCAGCCCAACACUAGAGACCUUAUGACCGACCGAACAUACUCCAGCGAGGACCUGUCUUCGGGCAGCCAGACUGUUCGCUCGUCCGACGGGAAAGAGCAGAGCCUACGAGACAAAGCCAACUUGGUUGUGCAGCACUUCUUCACAAAAGCCGCUCUCAUCAUCUGCUCGUCUCGAGUCAGUCUGCCGCCCGCCAUGUCAAAGACUGGCGAAGCAAAGAUCGAUAGAUGGUUCAAUACCUUGAUAGAGGAGACAGACAUGUUAAAUCAAGACCUGCAAGAGUGGAGAGCCAUGGAUGCAGCCGUAGAAAGGCCUGCCCCGUUGGUAAUCGAUGUCUAUUUGGAUACCGCACAGCUCGCCCCCAACCAGAGUCUGGUCGCCAUCGACGAACAAGGCAAACCUUGGGAUGUAACCGAGACUCUGAGAAGACUCGAAGCACAAGCACCCACGCCUCAAAACCAUACUCUCUCGACUUUUGUGUACGAGAGAUGGACGAUCAGCCUGGACGACCCUUCGUCAGUGUCUCCGGCCACCCUCAACGAACCCGCCCCCAGCUUCUACAAAAAGGGCGUUAUCACAUGCAGAGCCCUGUGCACAUAUGCGCGUCUGCUUCCAGCCUGGAAGCUGAGGACCCGUCUCGGAAAACAAGCUGCCACUGGCCCAGCCACAUUGCGACCGAGAUAUCGUGUGUCGGACGGUUCGCUCGCUGAAAAAUCGCGAGUCGAUACUCUGAGCUGCUCCAUAUUCCCUUCAGAUAAAAACCCUACCGAGACAUAUCGCUUUUCACCUCUACACUGCCCGUUGGGCUCACUGAACAUCUCGGUCACGUACCGUAAGAACCUUGAUCUGCAGGUUGAGCUCUCUGAACGCCUGAUCAGCGCUAGGAUGGCCGGUCAUGAGCGUCCUGAUAGUCGCCUGUCGAGCGAAUCGAGUAGAGAAAGAACUUCUCUCGACCAGGAACGCCCCUCGCCGCGGCCCAAGUUUUCUUCUUCUUUCUCACGCGCUGCUCAGAGAAGCACGACACUUGGAUCAUCUCCUCGCACCAGCUCCUUCCGUGAGCCUCAAGAUCGGCCUCCAUCAUCACAACAGGACGAACAAUUGCGUCGCUACUCUUCACAAAGUCAAAGAGACCGAGAAGCUUCUCGUUUUGCGCCUUCAUCGCUGCAGCCGACAGGUAUCCAGCGUAGACCUUCUGUCUCGUUCCAACCUUUCAAGGCUGGUUCUUUGUCGUCCUCACCUGCAGCUGGUAACUUCCUUUCCGGCUCGCCAAGCAGUUCUGUCGGUAGAAGCGCAGGCAAUCCGCUAUUGGCACACGCUAGAAAGUCAUCUUUAUCAACACUACCUCAGAUGGCCUUGCGCAAUCCUGGCGCUGUUGCAGAGACAGCUGUGGGUUCUUCAGCAUCGAGUUCACCCAAACCUGCUCCCAUACAGAGGUAUUCGUCAAGCUUUAGUAACAGAAGAGCACGCUUUCCUUCGGUGUCCAGCAGCAGAGUCGAGGAAGACAACAUCAGCAGCGGCAGAGCCAGUGUCUCGUCCACUAACCGUGAGUCGAGCACACUUCAGGAAGGCGAAGGAGGAGCCAGCUCAGGCUCAGUACAAGCCGACGACGACAGCAUUGCCGACUUCCUCAAGCUACUCGAUAAGAACAAGGGCUUGACAAGUCUUAACAAGACGGACAAGGCUUCAUUGAAUGCCAACUCGCAACGCACUGCUGCGCAGUUCUCCAAGUUUUCGCGUAUGAAGGACUCGACGGGCCAGCUCUCCGAAUCAAUGCAGUCGUCGACGAUGCUGCACAGAUCAUCCAGUUCAUCCAGUCGACAGCUGCAAAACGUACCGGGCAUGAUUCCAGGUUCGAUGUCGACAUCCUCAUCGCCUGGCAAAGCCAUCUCACCGCACACACCACACAUACCCGCCAUUCCUUCCCGGUUGAGCAAUAACAGUAUCACCGCAGACUACACACGCGACCGCAGUCGUAGUCGUCUUUCCGGAACACAGCUUCAGCCUUCGGGUGACGGAAUGCGAGACGUCUCUGCUCACCCACCAACUCGAGGUCCUGGUACGCCUUUGUCCACAGCCAUAGAUAUACCGACGUCGCCUCGCACUUUUGUGUCAAACCGUCGUUCGUCGUCUACAACGCAACAAGCACGGGCCAGAGGUGUCAUGAACGUCGAAGACCAAGAUGCAUAUGGUAUGCGUUCAGCAAGUAUGCCAGUCGCCGAAGGUGGUCGUGGCGAACUUAGUGUCACGGAGCUGGGAGGUAGCAGCAGACGUAGAAACCGUGAAGGUUCUGGUACUGUGGAUGAUGAUGAGCCUCUGCUAUUCGCUUUGGCUGAUUGA